ACUGAUCUUCUUUUGGCUUGGAAUCCCAUUUGUCUGGGCCUGGUAGAGGGAGUCAUUGGUAAAGUUCAGCUUCAUACAGAUUUACCGUGGUGGCUACUUUUAAUUCGUCAGAAAGCAUUGAUUGGCAAACUUCCAGGAGACCAUGAGGUUUGCAAAAUUACAAAGAUUGCUGUGAUUCCGCUUUCUGAAACAGAGCCUCAGGAUCUGGAAUUAGAGCUUUGUAAAAAGCACCAUUUUGGAAUAAACAAGCCAGAGAAGAUUACACAGUCCCCAGAUGACACAAAAUUUCUGCUGAAGACUCUUACUCAGAUUAAAUCAAAUGUGUCUGCUCCAAAUAAAAAGAAGAUUAAAGAAAGUAAAGAAAAAGAGAAGCUGGAGAAGAGGCUAUUGGAGGAGCUGUUCAAAAUGUUCAUGGAUUCAGACUCCUUUUACUACAGCCUGACCUAUGACCUAACAAAUUCAGUGCAGAGGCAGAGUGGGUGUGAGAAAACUAACUUACCACUGUGGCGAAAAGUUGAUGACAGAUUCUUUUGGAACAAGCACAUGAUUGAAGAUCUCAUCAGUGUUGAUAAUGCUGAAGUGGACUUCUGGAUUAUACCCAUCAUACAAGGAUUUGUGCAAAUUGAAGAACUUGUAGUAAACUAUAGUGAAUCUUCUUCUGAUGAUGAUAAGAGCAGUCCUGAAACUCCUCCUCAGGAAUCAACUUGUGUAGAUGACGUACAUCCAACAUUUCUGGUGGCGCUUAUUUCACGCCGGAGUCGGCACAGAGCUGGAAUGCGGUAUAAGCGAAGAGGUGUUGAUAAAAAUGGAAAUGUGGCAAAUUAUGUUGAGACUGAGCAACUGAUUCACGUUCAUAAUCAUACUCUUUCAUUCAUACAAACCAGAGGAUCUGUGCCUGUUUUCUGGAGCCAAGUUGGAUAUAGAUAUAACCCACGGCCCCGACUGGACAAGAGUGAAAAUGAAACUGUGUCCUGUUUUCGUGCGCAUUUUGAAGAGCAGCUGAAAAAUUACAAAAAACAGGUUAUUAUUAAUUUGGUGGAUCAGACGGGCAGAGAGAAGAUUAUCGGAGAUGCUUACCUUAAACAAGUUCUUCUAUACAACAAUGCAAAUCUGACUUAUGUCUCAUUUGACUUCCAUGAGCACUGCCGAGGAAUGAAGUUUGAAAAUGUUCAAACACUGACUGAUGCCAUUCACGAUAUUAUUCUUGACAUGAAGUGGUGCUGGGUUGACCAAGCUGGUGUGAUCUGUAAACAGGAAGGAAUUUUUCGAGUUAACUGCAUGGACUGUCUGGAUCGUACCAAUGUUGUGCAGGCUGCUAUUGCAAGAGUGGUCAUGGAACAACAGCUCAAAAAACUGGGUGUGAUGCCACCAGAACAGCCUUUGCCAGUGAAAUGCAAUAGAAUCUACCAGAUAAUUUGGGCAAACAACGGAGAUGCCAUAAGCCGGCAGUAUGCUGGCACAGCGGCCUUAAAGGGUGACUUCACAAGGACUGGGGAAAGAAAGCUGGCAGGUGUAAUGAAGGAUGGAGUUAAUUCUGCAAACAGAUACUACUUGAAUCGCUUCAGGGAUGCUUACAGGCAAGCAGUCAUAGAUUUGAUGCAGGGUGUCCCUGUAACAGAGGAUCUUUACUCCAUAUUUACAAGAGAGAAAGAGCAUGAAGCCCUGCACAAGGAGAACCUGAGGAGCCAUCAGGAAUUGAUCAGCCAGCUCCUGCAGAGCUACAUGAAACUACUCUUGCCAGAUGAUGAAAAAUUUCAUGGAGGAUGGGCACUUAUUGACUGUGAUCCUAGUCUCAUUGAUGCCACUCACAAAGAUGUGGAUGUUCUGCUGUUACUUUCUAAUUCUGCCUACUAUGUGGCCUAUUACGAUGAUGAAAUCGACAAGGUGAAUCAGUAUCAAAGGUUAAGUCUUGAAGCUCUGGAAAAAAUAGAAAUAGGACCAGAGCCUACUCUCUUUGGCAAACCCAAGUUCUCUUGCAUGAGGCUGCAUUACAAAUACAAAGACACGAGCGGGUAUUUUCACACUCUGAGAGCUGUGGUCCGCAGCCCAGAAGAAGAUGGAAAAGACACUCUUCAGUGCAUUGCAGAAAUGCUGAGAAUCACAAAGCAAGCGAUGGGAUUAGAUGUGCCCAUUAUUGAGAAGAAGCUAGAGAGGAAGAGCAGUAAACCUCAUGAAGACAUCAUCGGCAUUCGGUCUCAGAACAGAGGGUCCCUGGCCCAGGGCAAGAAUUAUUUACUGAGCAAGUUCUCGUCUCUCAAUCAAAAAGUGAAACAAACCAAAUCCAAUGUGAACAUUAGCAAUCUUCGCAAGUUAGGCAGCUUCACCAAACCUGAAGUGAAAGUCAAUUUUUUAAAACCGAAUUUGAAAGUGAAUCUUUGGAAAUCCGACAGUAGCCUCGAAACUUUAGAGAAUCCGGCGGUAGAUCCUAAAGUCCACGCCGAAUCUGAUACGGAAGCGUCGGAUAAUGAUUCGUUCCACUCCGAUGACUUCCUGACUAAUUCUAAGUCCGAUGAAGACAACCAGCUGACUGACUCCCUGGAAAACAUCGGGCAGGCGGACUACGUGCUGCCGAGCUGCGGUAUCAUCGCCUCGGCCCCGCGGCUGGGCAGUCGCUCCCAGUCUGUGAGCAGCGCAGACAUGAACAUCAGCAUUCCUGUCCCGUCCGACAUCCCUGUGCCCCAGCAUGGCCGGUCUGACUGUGAAGAUGUACCCUCGCCUCCUCCUGACAACGUGGAGGUGGAAUUUGCUAAACCUAUCGAUGUGUACUGCCAGAGGUUCGUGCAUGAUGCUCAAAGCAAGAUGUCGGGUGUUUUGGAGCCUGAGGCUGGUUCUCAAGAACCUCAUCAUGUCAUAAAUCAAACCAGCAAUAAUACAUCUAAGAAGGCAGCAGCCAAGGCUGAAGCUACCAGAGAUGUUCCUUCCAGGCCAUCUAAGUUGGACGUACAGUCUUCCGAGCCAAAUCCUCAGCUCUUAGCUGUUGGUGGGACAGACUUCACUAAAUCUCAUAAAAGCCCAGGGUCUGUAUCAGGUAACCUUGAAACAGGACUCCACAUGACUCCUUCUCCAGCUGACAGCAGCAGCAGCAGAGCCGUAUCUCCUUUCGCUAAAAUUCGCAGUUCCAUGGUCCAGGUUGCGAACAUCACACAAGCAGGGUUGACCCAAGGGAUCAAUUUUGCUGUGGCAAAGGUCCAGAAGAGCCCUGCAGAACCAGAAGCUAUGAAUGAAAUCAAACAAAAAGAACUGAAGGAAAUGUUUACGCAAUGCCAGACGCGAAUAAUUCAAAUCUAGUUGCUAAUUUAAGAAGUGUUCUUCUAGUUGUGGCUUUUAAUACAAAAACUGAAAAGACAGGACUCAUUGUGGCACGAACUGCUACUGAACACUGGGAUCAGUGAUACAGGUAACUUGUUUACAGGAAAUGAGAGAUGCAAAUGAAUUUGGUUCUGACCAAACUUCAGAAUUCCCUCAGGCAGCUGAGACAAAGGAACGGUGACCCGUAUCUAAACAGGUAGCUUAGACACUGGGAUUUAAUAGGCACGCUGUCUAUCUUAAAUGUGUUGCACAGUUAUUUUUUUUUGGAGACUAAUUUUGUAGCUCUUCUGACUUAUGUAGAAAGUAUUUAUACUAAAAAAAGGUGAUACUGCACUUCUAUGACCUUACUUACUUUGCACUGCACCAGCAAGAUAACGUACCGGUAAAUUACA